GGGCGGAGGAGCGGCUUGUCUUGUGGGGCUGUGCUUGUUUCGCUCUCUCUCUCUCUCUCACAGACUGUGACUGAGCGUGUGUGUUAAUCAAAGGGAAGGAGGAGAAGAAGAAAUGUAGAGAGGGGAUGUAAGAUGGCAGAACUGCAAAUGUUGUUAGAGGAGGAAAUCCCAGCAGGAAAAAGAGCUCUGAUCGAGAGCUAUCAGAACCUGACGAGGGUAGCAGAUUACUGUGAAAACAACUAUGUCCAGGCACAAGAUAAAAGGAAAGCUCUUGAAGAAACCAAAGCCUACACAACCCAGUCUCUUGCUAGUGUUGCCUACCAGAUUAAUGCAUUGGCCAACAAUGUACUCCAGCUGCUGGAUAUCCAAGCAUCCCAACUGCGGAGAAUGGAAUCUUCCAUCAACCACAUCUCACAGACUGUCGAUAUACACAAAGAAAAAGUGGCCAGAAGAGAAAUUGGCAUUUUGACAACCAACAAGAACACAUCGAGGACUCAUAAAAUAAUAGCACCAGCCAACAUGGAACGGCCAGUGAGGUACAUUCGGAAACCAAUAGAUUACACAGUACUGGAUGAUGUGGGCCAUGGUGUUAAGUGGCUAAAAGCCAAGCAUGGGAACAAUCAACCAGUGCGAGCUGGUACACUGUCGAGGACCAAUCCACCAACACAGAAGCCCCCAAGCCCUCCGACUUCUGGACGUGGGACUUUGGGUCGAAAUACACCUUACAAAACUUUGGAACCUGUCAAGCCACCUGUGGUUCCCAAUGACUACAUGACUAGCCCAGCCAGACUAGGUAGCCAACACAGUCCUGGAAGAACAGCUUCUCUCAACCAAAGACCAAGAACUCACAGCGGCAGCAGUGGUGGAAGUGGUAGCAGAGAAAACAGUGGCAGCAGCAGUAUUGGCAUUCCUAUCGCUGUGCCUACACCUUCUCCUCCUGUGCUGGCACCAGCAUCGCCUAUUCCUCCUCCUCCUGGAGCCCCGGCUCCUCCCCCACCACCACCGCCACCACCACCCUUGCCCCAGUCUUUUGGCCCAGGCCAUUUGUUGAUGUCGACAUCUGUAGUCCCUGUUCCGGGUCCAGCUCCUGUUUCCGGUCCUGUUCCUGGUUCUCAGUUUGGCACGAUGACCCGCCAGAUCUCCCGGCACAAUUCCACCACCUCUUCAGGGUCUUCAACAGGCUACAGGCGAACUCCUUCAGUUGCUUCCCAGUUUUCUGUGCAGCCCCAUCUUAAUGGUGGGCCUCUGUACCCUCCAAACCCAAUGUCUGUUGCCCCUCCUCCCCCUCCAAUGCCUCAGCUGACUCCACAGAUCCCUCUGACAGGCUUUGUGGCCAGGGUGCAAGAAAACAUUGCCGACAGCCCCACACCUCCACCGCCUCCACCCCCUGAGGACAUGCCAAUGUUUGAUGACUCGCCACCCCCUCCGCCACCACCCCCCAUUGACUACGAAGAUGAGGAGGCGGCUGUGGUCCAGUACAAUGACCCCUAUGCUGAUGGUGAUCCCUCCUGGGCACCCAAGAGCUACAUUGAGAAAGUUGUUGCCAUCUAUGACUACAUAAAGGACAAGGAUGAUGAGCUGUCCUUCAUGGAAGGUGCAAUCAUAUACAUCAUCAAGAAGAACGACGACGGCUGGUAUGAGGGAGUCUGCAAUGGAGUGACUGGCUUGUUCCCUGGAAAUUACGUCGAAACCAUCAUGCAUUACGCAGAUUAAGGUGGUUUUCUAGUGGGACUUUAUAUUUAUUCAGUCAUAUCUAUAAAUGAAAAUGGAAUAAAUAAAAAGCUUAGCUACAGUAAGUGCAUUAGGGUAUGACAGAAUGUUCUUUUAAAAUUGCAAAUAAAGCAUCUACUUAUUUUUGGGAGGGUUUGGGGAACACGUGGUAUGAUUCCGUAUCGGUAAACCUCGCUUACUUCAAACGUGUCCCAAUGGUUUCAAACCAGGCGUCGUCAUCGUAAUCCACUGCUGUACACCUUAGGAGCAGCUACUGUCGAUGGUGUGUUUCUUUGGAGCGCGUCUUACAAAUCAUGAUGAGCUAGGUCAUAAGUGCAUACCGUAUGUAAAGUUGGGAUGUGUUUUAUAAAUCAGGUUUUAAAUUCUUCUUUUUUUUUUUUUUGUUUUUUCUUCUUUCCGGUGUACACUGGUAACCGGCUGCUCGGCUAAUGGCGCUGGAGGAGCCAGCCGUUACUUCAGAAAUAUACUUAUAGCAUGCAUACAGACGAGAAUUUAUUGUAAUCUGUCCUAGUUGGGGUUUUUUUUUUUUUGGUUGUUUCUUUUUAAAUUCUCAGUUUUUUGGUUUGUUGUAAUAUAUAAAGUGACUGCUCGCACUAGAUUAUUUUGGUUUUCUACUUUUGGUUUUUUUUUCCUCUUUCCGAGAAUGAAAUGUAAAAAGCAUUUAAGUGGACUUGUUUAACUGUCUUCAAUUAAAAGGCCUCUUAUAUUUGAAAUCAUCACAUUUAGCAAAAUGAAUGUUACGUAAGUCUGUGGUUACACAUUCAGUUUGCCUUUAACAAAGAUUUGGAUUUUUCUGAAAAGUUAACUCUGCUGCUGCUGCUAAUGUUUAGAAGAAGAAAAAGGGCAAAAAUGACAGAACUAACGUGUUUAUCCGUGUAAUUCGUUUACUAAGCCGCUAAGCGUCCAAUCGAGUUUGACAGGCUGAAUCAAAGCAUGUUUGAUACAUCAUCACAGUUACGGACCACAAAUGGAGAGUCCACCCAAAAAGCCAAACGUUUGCUCGGCCUCGUCUUACCGAUCACAUUCGACUUUUUCCGCCAUCGACUUUUGCGUUGCGGUAGUGUUGGGUCGAGAAACGGCCGAUGAAAAUGUUAAAACAUAAGUUAACAACACUCUUGCACUGGAAGCAUUCAUUGAGUUGUGCCAAAAUUAGGGUCAAAGGGGGCCAAAACAAAAAACAAUUUGUAUUGAUUUUAUAUAUAUAUAUAU